GUCUACUCAGUGCUCCAUGUUUGAAUCCGACCCAAUCAGCGACGGGUCGUCGAUCGUCGGUCGUCGGCCAUCGGUACUGUGUUUCCCUCCAAAUAGAGUCGAUUUCAUUCACGCUGAACUUAAAUAUUUAAAAGCGUCCUCCAUUAACGAAGCCAAGGAACAAUCGCAGAUUUUGCCUGAGGACUGUAGUGAGAAUCGACGGUUUUUCGUCUGCGAUGUUUCUCUAAGUUUUUCUUGGCUGGACGCAGUAACAUGUCUGCGAUUUUGUAGUCGUCGAGACAAUGUUAAAGGGGACGAUCACGCCGAUACUGUUUGAAAGUUUUGUUUGUGUUGCUCACACGAAUACAUACAACGUAGACGCGAGUGUUAAAAUGUGAGUGCAGCGUUAAUACGAAUUAUCUGCGAAAUCACUGAUUAUCACGAUAUCACCGUGGUUGUCACGAUAUUUGGCGUAUCAAUUCGUUCAUUUGCCUUCAUGUGCCACGGGACGAGCGAUUUUGACGCGAUAGUCAGGCAUAAUGUCUGCUACAAAGCGUAAUUCUACUUCCUCCACAACUACCACCUCCUCCUCAAAGGUCUGUUGCUUUUGCAACUUGGCAGAUGACAAUGAGUUGGAUUAUGGCAAGUUGUACGAUCAGUAUGGCAUUGUCACGCACUAUUAUUGUCUGCUUUUGUCUUCUAAUAUGGAACAAAAAGGAAAUGAUGAUGAGGGUAUAUUGGGAUUCCUAGCAGACGAUAUACAGAAAGAACUUCGCAGAGGAAAGAAAUUGAUUUGUUCUUACUGCAAAAGAGUGGGUGCAACUUUAGGUUGUUGCAACAUAAAAUGUAAACGCAUAUUUCACUUGCCUUGUGGCUUAAAGGCUGGUUCUUUACAUCAGUUUUUUGGACAGUUUAAAUCAUUUUGUGUAAAUCAUAGACCAAAGCAAAAAAUUGAUGAAUAUAUAUUCAAACAAAUUAAUUCAUCAAAUGAUAUGUUGUGUUAUAUAUGUUAUGAUAGAGUAAAUCCUAAAGAUCUUAUGGAGACCUUGUGGGCUCCUUGUUGUAAAAAAGAUGCGUGGUUUCAUCGAAAAUGUGUUCAGCAACUUGCUUCAAGUGCAGGUUAUUUUUUUAAGUGUCCCCUAUGUAACAAUAAAAAAGAUUUUCAGAAUGCUAUGCUGCAACACGGAAUUUUUAUACCUAGCCAGGAUGCUUCAUGGGAAUUAGUACCAAAUGCGUUUGAAGAAUUAUUGUAUAGACAUGAUCAAUGUGAUGCUACACUGUGUCUCUGUCCAAAGGGAAGGAAACAUACAAGCAGUAAUGCUAAAUGGGAGUUGGUGUUAUGUCGGAUUUGUGGUUCACAAGGCAUUCAUAUGGCUUGCGGAAAAUUGAAAUGGGCGAAUCCCGCGUGGGAAUGUGAAGAAUGUACUUCCAUAUUACGUAACGCUAAAGAACAUAACAGUCCAAGAUCUGGCAAUAGUUCUGAUAGUUCUAGUCUCAGCAGAGGUUCCGAUUCAGACGAAAGCGAUUCUGAUAUCUCUGUGGGUACUGAUUUUCCCGUGUUGUAUUCAUUAUCUAGUCCUAGUUCAUCUUCCACUUUGAUAGAACCGAGCUUUAAAUCACGACCUGGACCACGUUCGUUUAAAUUACAACAGCAGUUGAAAGCUUGCGGCAUAACCGAUUCGUUGUUGGAUACACCAUGUGCAUCGGUACCCACGAGUACUCCUACUACAAAAAGUACAACUGACAAAGUUAAUAAGGAAAAUGAUUCUGCACAAGAAAGCAAGGUGGACGAUUCUCGGCAAACGAACGAGAAAGAUCAUUAUACUGAGCAAAAGAAGUCGUUUGAUAACAAUGUGAAAUCUCAAUUAAAUUCAAAUGAGAAUAUCAUUAUCACAAUCGAAAGUGAUGAUGACGACGAUGUAGAGAUUAUCGCGUUGAAGCGCAAAAUAAAUAUUCCGACAGUACAAAUCGCUUGGGCGAACAUGUUUCGUUCUUCGAAAUCUGAUAAUUCGGGCAAUUCUACAGAGAAUUCUGCGGAUAAAAGUACAAAAGAGAUCGACCCGCUGCAACCAGAUCAUGAAGCGCUAAAGAAAUGCAACAAUACUAAAGAAUCUAAUAUAUCGACAUCGAAUGUUUCGAAUAGAAAAAAAAUUGAUAUCUCGAAGCAAUCGGAUGUGACCGCAUCGCAGGACUCUACGCAAAAAUCCACGCGGCAGUCCACGAAGGGAUUCACGCAGGAACUCAUACGGGAACUCACGCGGACUGCUUCUUUAAACGAUGAUGCGGAAGUCUCUGAAGACUCUAGUUCCGUCAUGAACAUUAAAAUUACUAACGUUACUUCACUACCGCCAGAAGUAUUCGCGAACGUGCCUGAUGUAGAUCUCGAAGAGAACGUCACGUGGUUACAGUCGGACACCGGUGACACGUCUUCUGCCGAAAUCAAGCCCUUGGAAAAAUGGGUUGCCUCGCAACAGUCUUCGUCUACUGCGAUGAAGCGUGGCAUACACGAGGAAGCAACCAAUAUCGCCGACAACAAUUGUAAGAAAAUCAAAGGAAACAGUUUGGACGAAAUGUUAACGGAUACCGUCAUGCAUGACACUUGGCGGGAGCAAAAUCAAAGAGUCGAGUCUAAGGACACGUCUAACAUGGAGCCUAGCGAAAUUAUUGAAGACAUCGACGAGUACACCGCAUCCAUAACUAAAAUUUCCAGUCCGUCCUUGAGUACCAGUCAAAAGAACGAUAUUACUACACUUGUGCAAACUGACACGUGCAAAGUAGACGUGGCAUAUGCGGUUAUCGAAUCCAAUCAUCACCUAAAAACAGACGACAGCGUUGUGGAAAUAGCCUCGUCACAGAGCAGCGAAAACGACUCCGUCAAAUUGUACACGCCCGUCAUUCAGGCCGACGACAAACAGAUUUACUAUUCAUUUCCGUCGUCGAACAUAUUCUACUCGCAACCAGUAUCGAGCCAAGGGAGUCUAGAAAGCGAGAGUGCUGCUACUUUGUACGCCACAACGUCGAAUGACGUUAUACGGCCACCUGUUAUACAGAACACCGCUAAUAUACGUCAAACUGUAGUCAUGGCUGAAUCGAUAAGUACCGAUGUGAUCACGAACGACAGUCAGAAGGCAGAAGUAUCGAGUAAUCAGCAAGCUGAACUUCUGCAAGAGAAAACAACCGAUAAUCCUCCCACUGGCAGCGAUUCCUCGAGCAGGAUAGUAUGUGACGGGGAUGCAGGCAGGACCAAUCCUGCUGUUACGUCAACAAGACCUGCCUGUUUCUCUGAGGCCGCAGAGAAUGCUGGAGCCGCAGACACAUCCAACGCAUCGGAAAUCACUGGAAGGGAAGUUGAGCAAGAGAGAAACUUGCCGAGAUUCCAGGGAUCCAGAAAAACAUACAACCGAAGGCCCCAUAAUGAAAGCAAUUCCAUGCAUAUCAUGUCCAUUAUUUCACGCAUUCGAAGUAUCAGAGCCAAGCACGGUGUCUUCCCCCGAGUCACAAACAACCAUAACGCCUGUCAUCAACCUCGAUUGAUACCGCAAUAUAUGCAUCUACAUGACCUCAAAUUCCGCGUCUGCGGAAAAAAUAUUCAGAUGACCUUAUACGACACGUUCUCUGUAAAUAUCUCCGUGAAAAACAACAUCAAAAACUUCACCGACCUAUGCAAAAAAGCCACGUGGAAGCCGAGACUUUUUACUUCUCAGGCGCGAUACGAAGCUUCGUCUAGUUCAAAUCACAUCGACAGUGAUUCGCUCGCGAGUCGUUCGACUGACAAUAAGACUGAACGUACAGCCGACGCAACGACAAUUGUCGCACACGACGAUACGAAGGAGAACCUGGAUCCAGUUUCGAGGAUGGUUUCUUGUAACGUUACCUCUGGUAACACAAGUCUGACGAACGUUGUCGACGACGCACACGCGACAAACGACACUAACCCAAACGCGUUAGGCCGAGCAAUAUGUAACACUUCUGUAGGUAGUAAGGAUAAUGACCGCAGCCAAAACUUGCGCAUCGAGCAUCGGGAGAGUGUGCAGCGCAAGCAGCCCACACCUGUUACGGAGGAGAGCAGCUGGUUGACUCGUAAACGUACAAUACACAGCAUUGAUUCUGACUUAAAUAUUGUCCAAACGAAUAAAAACGUUGAGAAAGUACUGCAAAACAAUGUUACUGUCGCGGCGAAUCGACGCAUCGAUAACAAGGGUAGCGACGGCUCGCGCGCGAUGAAUGACUCUCAGACAUCACCCUCGCGCAAUCUCUCAUACACAACCGCGAACCAUGCGAAGAGUAGUAGUUACGCGCAUUCAGAUCGAACGAGCGUCACGAGAUCGCGGAUCUGGGACCGGGAUAUCGUAAGUGUACCGAACAUCAUGUUCAACGAGCGUAGCAUUUCGAACAAACAGAUCGACGCGUGCGAUUCCAGUCAACUGAUCCGGUGCAUGGAUUUUCGCGAGGACGAAAGAAAGUGCAACGACGAUUCCACUAUCAGAGUCAGUAUAGAUCUGUGCAAGAUACAGAAUGUAAUCAAUCCUAAGCUAGAGUUGUUAGUGAGCGACGAGGAGGACAAUAACGACAACGAUGUCAGUGACGAUAAUGACAAUAGGCUUCAUCGUAAAAGCCGGUUGCGCGGCAAAGACGAUUACACACAGCAGCAAGUAAAGUUUCGCGAUUCCGAGACCAACGAUAGCACGAAGCAUUACCUGUUGAGAAACGGUAAAUUACAAGCGCUCGGUCGAAUAAACAUCGACAAAAACGAGGCGCGAGAUUCUCUUCAUGCAAACGCGAAUAUCUUCAAUCGAUAUCGGAAGCGAGAGCGUGAAAGCAGGUGUUUUGACAGACAUAACAGAUAGCACAAUGUAAGAUAAAUGUCCAUUGCUGUAUAAUAAAAGAUAUACAGUCGGUUGGGCGGAGUAAACGAGAUUUACCGAACGACACAAUUUUCAUGCAACGUUCGUUAAGAUAAAGUAACCGACACGAUUUGUUUUUUUGUUGGCUCUUGUCUUCAAAUUGUAUCAUAAUUGCCAAAUCCUUGUAUAAACGCAUUCUUUUUACACACGUUAGAGAGUAAGAUUAUUUUCUGUAUUAUAUUGACGUAAUAAAAAUGAUUUUACUUACAUAAA